AUGUCGAGGCAAGAAGAAGAGCUCGAGGCCAGGGGCGGCCUUACGGCUUCGGGCAGAGUGUUGGCGUCCGACUUCCAGCUGAUCCCCAACGAAAUCGCUCUCCUCAUCUUCGCCUACCUCAACAUGAAGGACCUCCUCCACAUCAGCCAAACGUGUAAGCAUUGGAACAACAUCUCCGAGGACGACUCCCUGUGGAAACCUCUCUACAAGGCUCGCUGGAGCCCAUCCUCCUUCAGCCCCGUCACGUCGAGGGCGAGGGCCUUUACCAACGACUCGGCCUCCUCGUCGUCGUCGUCGUCAUCAGCUGCCGUCGCGGCCAGACGAGCGCGAAGCCAAAGGCUCAGGCGCAGGCAGGCCAACGGCGCAGCAAGUGACCACGAGCAGAUCGCCGGGUGGCGGUCGUGGAAGAACAAGUACAUCACACGCCGCAACUGGCUCGACGGCCGCGUGAUGGGGCAGUCGAAGCUCGACAUCCACGCCCGCAGCGAGGGCGAGUCGCUCGAGUGCGUGCGCUUCGACAACGAAAAGUACGCGGCUGGCUCGACCGACGGCGCGGUUUACGUGCGCGCGGUGGAAGAUGGUCGGCCCCUGCAGACGCUGCGCGGACACACCCAGACGGUGACCUGCAUGCAGAUGCAGGACAACGUGCUGGUCACCGGCUCCAAGGACAACACGGUCAAGAUCUGGCGCGGGCUGUCGGGCGCGCAGGAGUGCGAGCUCACGCUGGCCGGCCAUCGAGGCGCGAUCACGUGCCUUCAGUUCGCGGGCCACCACCUGAUGACCCGCUCUUGGGAUCUUACCGGGCGCGUGUGGGACAUGAACACCGGCCAGAUCGUCCACACCGUCACAGGCAACUCGGUGUGCCUUUCGUUGCAGGUCGAGAACAGCAAGCUGGUCUGCGGCUACGCUGAUAACUACAUCAGGUUGUGGGACCUCAGGACGGGCAAGUGUCAUCGCCAUCUCUACGGCCACUCGAACAUCGUCACCGCUGUGCGGUUCGAUGACACUAUGAUUGCGUCGGGGUCCUACGACAGGACCCUCCGCUUGUGGGAUAUCCGGUCGCAUCAGUCGCUCUGCACGUUGACGCAACACAAAGGACGGAUCAACGCGUUGCAGCUGCAAGGUCAACGCAUCGUGUCGGCCAGCACCGACCACACAGUGAAGGUGUGGAAUGCCAAGACUAGACACGCGGUGAACGAUGUGCAAUUCGACGAGAAGAAGGUUGUCUCCGCGGAUGAAGAUGGGUCCAUCAGGUUGUGGAACUUUGCCGAGACCAUGCCCUACUAG